AUGGUCAAACAGGCAAUGAUCAAAGGACAGUGUCAGGUCAGUUUUAUAAAACCUACACCAUUUACUAUCUUGCAGAUCUUCAACGACCCCAUUCAUGGUCACAUUGAGCUGCACCCGCUGCUGGUGAAGAUCAUUGACACUCCUCAGUUCCAGAGACUGAGACACAUCAAACAGCUGGGAACUAAAAAUCUGGUGUAUCCUGGAGCCACUCACACUCGCUUUGAACACUCAAUCGGUGUGGCUUAUUUAGCAGGAUGUCUUCUCAAGACUCUACAUGAGAAUCAGCCGGAGCUCAACAUUACUAAACAUGAUUUCCUGUGUGUUCAGAUCGCUGCUCUUUGCCAUGACAUGGGUCAUGGUCCAUUCUCUCAUUUGUUUGAUGGCAUGUUCAUCCCGGAAGUCCAGCCUGAUGAUGAGCAUUGGGAGCACGAGCAGGCGUCUGUUGACAUGUUUCACUGCAUGAGAAAGAAGAAUGGACUGGACAAAGAGAUGGACCGCUUCAGACUGAAUCUAGAUGAAGACAUCAAAUUCAUUGAGGAAUUAAUUCUGAAAGGACAAAAGGAUGGCAAGGUAAAACUUGUGUUUAAGCUGCUGUUUCAGCAUUUAUCAGGAUACAGCUGGUCAAUGAAGGGCAGGACUGAGGACAAGUCUUUCCUGUAUGAGAUUGUGGCUAAUAAAGUGAAUGGCGUUGAUGUGGACAAAUGGGACUAUUUGGUUCGAGACUGUUAUUAUCUCGGCAUUCCAUGUGGUUUUGACUCUCAGCGUCUGCUGAAAUCUGCUCGAGUGUGUAACGUGAACGGGAGGAAACACAUCUGCUUCAGAGACAAGGUGGCUGAUAACAUUUAUGGGAUGUUUCACACCAGAUAUACUCUUCAUCGUGAGGCUCUUCAGCACAAGAUCGGCUAUAUCAUUGAUGUCAAGAUCAAAGAUGCCUUCGUACUAGCCAAUAACCAGCUAAAGAUAUCCGAAAAAAAAGAUGACAUGUUAAAGUACACAGAACUCACAGAUCACAUUUUUGAUCAGAUCCUGCACCCAUCAGACUCACACCGUGAUCUGACUGCAGCUCAAUGCAUUCUAGAAGAUAUUGUCGAGAGAAAGCUGCCAAAGUUUGUGGGAGAGGCCCGACUGAAGGAAGAUGGAUUAAGGGAAGAACUGAAGGCCAGAUUAGAAGAGCAGCCUGAUAAAGCCUCCAGGAUUAAAGUGUAUCAGGAAGAACUGAAGAAUAAAUGGGAGAAGGCAAGGAUUGACAGCCCUCUGACAGUUGGGGACUUUGAGAUUCAUGUUCUUGAGAUGGGAUUUGGUGAAGUGGGUAACGAACCCAUAGAUAAUGUUCAUUUCUACAGCAAAAAUGACCUAAAGACAGCCUUUAAGAUGGAGAAGUACCAGAUCUUCAAUGACCCCAUUCAGGGUCAAAUUGAGCUGCACCCGCUGCUGGUGAAGAUCAUUGAUACUCCUCAGUUCCAGAGACUGAGACACAUCAAACAGCUGGGAGGAACAUAUCUGGUAUAUCCUGGAGCCACUCACACUCGCUUCGAACACUCAAUCGGGGCGGCGUAUUUAGCAGGACGUCUGGCAGAAGUUCUGAAAGAGAAACAACUGAAGGAGUUUAAAAAUGAACAAGAGGAGUUUGAAAAGAAACAAGAUGAGUUUGAAGAGAACAUAGAGGAGUUUGAAGAGAAACAAAAGAAGUUUAAGAAGGAAAAGGAGGAGUUUAGAAAGAACAAGAUCAAGUUAAUUAACGAGAAAGACAUCCUGUGUGUCCAAAUCGCAGCUCUGUGCUACAAUUUAGGACAGGUUCAUCCCUAA